AUGCUUAAUAAUACUCAUUUACAUAAAAUAGAAGAAGAAUAUGAACGACUUAAUGUAUUAUAUGAGCGUAAUUGGACACGACUCGUCCAUGAACAACUGCGAAAAUUCGAAUCAAGUAUUGUAGCUGCAACCAAAGUGGAAGGUUUCAAUACACAUGAUUUAUUAGAACAGGAACGCCAUUGGUCAUUUACUGGAUCGUUAUUAUAUUCUGUUACAAUUAUAACAACAAUUGGUUAUGGUAAUUUAGCACCAAAAACACCAGAAGGAAAAAUUGUAACAAUGUUAUAUGCCUUAAUCGGUGUACCAUUGAUGCUGGUAUGCCUAUCAAGUUUGGGUGCAUUAUUAGCCGAUACGUUUCAAUUUAUUUACUCUUUUUUAUGCUGUGUGCCAUGUACAACUGCGACAAAAGCAAAAUCAUCCAAAAAGAAUUUAGCAGCCACAUCACAUAAUCAGAACAAAAGUAAACGACAUAAAGAAAACGAGAAGGGUUACGUUCAUACAUAUCAAAAAGCACCAAUAAUUAGUAGUACAUCGCCCAGUCCACGGCAUUUUAAUCAUCAUACUUUAAGGAGAAGUCGCGAGACAGUUAUUGGAAUCGGUGGCAGCGGACAUUAUCAUGAAGAAUUACGUGAAAUAUCAACAUUUCCACGACGAACAAUGUUAGCUACUGUAAAUACAGCUGCAUGUGGUCGACCUAAAUUACAAUCACGUGCAUUAAGUACUGAAUUGCAUCAAAUGACAACGAACAUUGGCGGCAGUACAACAAACACGGGUGAAGCACACCAUCUGUUAGCCGAGUGCACAGAUUGUUCAUCGACACCAGUGCAUCUAGCAUCGGCUACAUCAACGCUACGACGUUCUAAUAUACCACCAACGCCACCUCCACCACGGCCACCACCAACGGUGGCACAUCAUAUGUUAGUGGCAUCAGGUGGUACACUAAGUACAACAGAAACAGAUGAUGGCGAGGAUUUAGAUGAAAAUCAAAGUUCGUUAUGUGCUCACGAUACACCAUCACGUAUGCCAUUAAUAUGGCGUAAAAAUCAUUCUCAUCAUCAUCAAAACGAUAACAACGGUGAAUCAUCAUCAAAAUCACGUAAAUCAUCAACCACACAAAAUAAAAAGAAUAAUAAUCACAUAUCAAAGAAACAUAAAAAUCGUUCAAAAAAUUCAUCAAUAACAAAAUCAAUAACAAAUAAUCCAAAACGAACAUUACAUAAUAUUCCAAUUGUUUUAGUAUUAUUAAUAUUAAUUGCAUACAUAUGUGUUGGUGCCUACUUUUUUGGUGAAAUAAAUACACAAUGGACAUAUUUAGAUGGUGUAUAUUUUUGUUUUACAACAUUAUCAACAAUUGGUUUUGGUGAUUUUGUUCCUGGUAUUUUAAAUAAACAAUUGUCAACCACAACAAAUAAUAAUGGACAAUAUAUUAUAUUAAUUGCAUGUUGUACAUAUUUAUUAAUUGGUUUAGUAUUAAUUGCAAUGUCAUUUAGUUUAAUACAAGAUGAGAUUAUAUUAAAAUGUCGUCGUACAGCAAUUGCAUUCGGUUUUUUAAAUGAGAAUAAUCAUCAUCAUCAUCAUUCAUCAUCAGCAUCGAAUCAUCAAAAACAUCAUCAUCGUAAUUAUUAUGAUGAACAUUAUCAACAGCGUCAGCAUCACUGA